AUGGUUGUUUCGGUUGUUUAUGAGAGGGGUUUUGUUGGUGUGAGGCAAGAGAGGAAGUUGCAUGAGGGUCGUUACGGACGAGAAGGGUUGAUUGUGGAGCUAAAGUGGAUGAGAGGGGCUGGUUGUGGAGCUGAAGUCGGAGAGAGAGAGUGGUUGGAAGUGGCAUGUGUGUGUGUGGUGGGGUGCGGUAGAGUGGGCGAGAGGGAGAGGCUGGCGGUGGCGUGGGAGGUUGGUAUGCCGAAGCUUGGUGCGAGAGUGCUUGUGGCGACUGGAAAUGGGUGA